GGAUUCGAGCGCUGACACAUCUCUUUCACCCGAUGCCUUACCGUAGCACUUCUCCGACAUCCUUCGAUAUCUCAUCGGCUCACCGGAUCCCAGCCUCAGCGUCUACGACAUGUGGUUCCCGUCUCUCCGAUGCUACCAGCUCAUUACCACUCGUUUUCUGCAUCUGCCCACGAUCGAUCUUGGCAAAUCCAAGGUCACUCCGACUCUCCGCGGAGCCAUCCUGCUGGCCAGCAGUCUGGAGUAUCGAUGCUUUUACUCUGCAGCACGUUCAGCCUCGUUUGGUGACGCUAUGAGUGGCUCGGCGCGGUCGCACCUGUGGCGGUCAAAGACCUACACCGGCGAGUACCCGGUGCCGAUCAUCAGCCCGUCCGACUCGCGGCUCUCCAAGGAGGAGUCUGUGGCUCUCCACCUUGCCGUCUCCGCCGCCCAGAUUCCCUCCAAGGUCACCCCGGAGCACAAAUCGACUGCCCGAAGUUUCUACAAGGGUGAAGACUACCAGCAGAUUGCCACCAUCUGUGCAUAUACAGGAUGGAUCAAUGCCUUCUCGGAUGCCAUGGGUAUCGAUCUCGACCCUGGAUCGUAUCUUUGGGCCAAGGUGCAGUUGCGGGACAGUCUGUGGGACGGGUCCCGACACGCACCGUUCAACUAUGACCCUAGUCAGGGGCACGAUCAGCUCCGCGAGCGGGCCCAGGCAGAAGAGUACAUUCCCAAGCAUGGCAUCUCCAAAGCCAGGGACAUCCUGAAGAUUCUCAAGAGUAUGCAAGGCUCCAACUCUUCCGAAGCUCAGUGGAUACGCGGAUUCCCCGCCGGCCACCGCUUGCUCAAUAGCUGGCUGCAUGAGCAGUUUGGCUUCAAACCGAGCUACGUCGAGGUCAUUCUGAAUCGAGACACCAAGCGCACCGUUUGCUACCUUCUCUGGCAGGUGCUGCUUCGAGCCAGCUGGGACAACCUGACGGGAGCGCACUGCCAAUGCGAGUGGUCCGCGGCCAGCAAGGCGCUGCUCUGGUAUGCCUACGCCGCGCACAGCGGCAACACCCUGGUCCAAGCCCACGCCGGGUACCUGGCCUUCCGGCUGAAGGUGCCAGUCUCGACUAUCACGAUGGUCGGUGGCAACGGAUACCUCGGCGACCGGCGAAUGGAUGCCGCCCUGGAGUUCUUCCGCGAAUCGGCCCAGAUGACGCGCGACUACAGCCCGAGCCAGUCCAUGCGGCUGUUCGAGGUCAUGAAGACACCCUCGGGGGUUGUCGAGCUCAUCUCGCUGCUGGGGAUGUGUGCCUUGGUUCACCGGCUCUCGGUGACCCUGGCGCCGGAUCCGCUGCGAUUCGAGCCCGAGGUGGCUCAGUUUCUGACCACGGAUGCUGGCUCGGCGCUGCUGAUCGACCCGAGCACUCCGUAUCUCGGUCUGGUGAAGUAAAUGGACGGCGACAUUGUUUCCCCAGCCGCCGCCUCCUCACAAAGGCCCAAGUCGCAUUCCCGCCUUCAUAUACCCCCCCCCAUUCCAUUAUCAUAUCCGCAUACAUGGGCACACCCAUGCUCAAGCACGUAGAUCCCCGCAUGCAUAGGCCGAGCCGUGUAAAUCAAUAAAUCGCUUCCAAUGCUGCAGAUCGCAUCGACG